AUGUCGUCCUCCAAUGGCCCUCCCAGAGUCAAGAACAAGGCUGCUGCGCCUAUUCAAAUAUCAGCCGAGCAGUUGCUUCGAGAAGCAGUUGACAGACAGGAACCAUCACUACAGGCACCAACACAGCGAUUCGCCGACCUCGAGGAACUUCAUGAAUUUCAAGGCAGGAAACGGAAGGAGUUCGAGGAUUAUGUCCGCAGGAAUCGGAUGAACAUGAGCAACUGGAUGCGCUAUGCUCAGUGGGAAUUGGAGCAGAAAGAGUACCGCAGAGCACGUUCGGUGUUCGAAAGAGCACUGGACGUUGACAGCACAAGCGUUCAGCUCUGGAUACGCUAUGUCGAGGCUGAGAUGAAAACGAGGAACAUCAACCAUGCCAGAAAUCUUCUUGAUCGUGCCGUUACGAUAUUGCCUAGGAUCGACAAGCUAUGGUUCAAAUAUGUGUACAUGGAGGAGACUCUUGGUAAUGUGCCAGGUACUCGACAAGUCUUUGAACGCUGGAUGUUGUGGGAGCCGGAUGAGGCUGCAUGGAUGGCAUAUGUCAAGAUGGAAGUCAGAUACAGCGAGUACGACCGAGCACGAGCUAUCUUCGAGCGAUUCACAGUUGUGCAUCCUGAGCCAAGAAACUGGAUCAAGUGGGCCAAAUUUGAAGAGGAGAAUGGCACAAGUCAGCUAGUCAGAGAUGUCUUUGGUGUGGCUAUAGAGACCCUUGGCGACGAUUUCAUGGACGAGAAGCUAUUCAUCGCGUACGCACGAUACGAAGCGAAACUGAAGGAAUACGAAAGAGCCCGAGCUAUCUACAAAUAUGCGUUGGACCGCUUGCCACGCUCACGUGCUGUGGCCUUGCACAAAUCCUACACUCAGUUCGAAAAACAGUUUGGUAGUCGAGAGGGUGUCGAAGAUGUCAUCUUGGCCAAAAGAAGAGUGCAGUAUGAGGAACAGUUAAGGUCGGAACCCUACAAUUACGACAUUUGGAUUGAUCUCGCACGCCUAGAGGAAAGUGGAGGUGAUGUUGAGAAGAUCCGCGACACGUACGAGCGAGCGAUAGCACAAGUGCCACAAAGUCAGCAAAAGCGCGACUGGCGACGAUAUAUUUACUUGUGGAUAUUCUACGCAGUAUGGGAGGAGAUCAGCAACAAUGAGCCAGAUCGAUCGAGGCAAAUUUACCAGGAAUGCUUGAAAUUGAUACCUCACAAGAAGUGGACAUUUGCUAAGAUAUGGCUGAUGAAAGCACAAUUCGAAGUCCGUCAACUACAGCUAAUGGCAGCACGCAAGGCUAUGGGUCAAGCAAUAGGUAUGUGCCCGAAAGCAAGGCUGUUCAAGGGUUACAUUGAGCUUGAGAAGCAGUUGUUUGAGUUUGAGAGAUGUCGAACAUUGUUUCAAAAGCAACUUGAGUGGGACGCUUCUAACAGUGAGGCGUGGAUACAGUUUGCUGAGCUCGAGCGCGGUCUGGACGAUUUAGAUCGUGCACGAGCCAUCUAUGAAUUGGGCAUACAGCAACCAAGCCUGGAUAUGCCGGAGCUGGUCUGGAAAGCCUAUAUCGAUUUUGAGGAUUAUGAAGGAGAAUACGAUCGUGCGCGAGCUCUUUAUGAACUUCUUCUGACCAAGACCGACCACGUCAAAGUGUGGAUCAAUUAUGCAAGAUUCGAAAUCAAUGUGCCCGACGACACAGGGACAGUCACAGAAUUAGCAGAGCCCACAGUCAGUGAAGCUGCAAAGACACGAGCCCGCAACAUCUUCAAGCGUGCACAUGAGAUAUUCAAGGACAAGGAGAUGAAAGAAGAAAGAGUUGAGCUACUCAAUGCAUGGAAGAGCUUCGAACAGGCUCAUGGCAGUGACCAGGAUCAGGAGAAGAUUGAAAAACAGAUGCCUAGAAAGGUCAAGAAGAGAAGGAGACUUGAAGAGGAUCGCUUUGAGGAGUAUAUCGAUUACGUAUUCCCUGCGGACGACGAAGGUGCAGCGAAGAACUUGAAAUUGCUGGAGAGAGCGCGUUUGUGGAAGUUACAGCAGGAGCAGAGGACGAACGGCACGAACGGUAUUGACCAUUGA